AUGGCGCAGUGUCAAUGGAAAGAUGACACUGGUGCCCAAGAAUGCCCUCGGCAACCUCCUCCUCCUCCUGCUGCUGUUCCAUAUCGAGGGAGAUUGCCACCCGCCAAUCGAGGAGGAGGCGAGGACGGUGCCAUACAACGACACUCUUCGGGGAGUGGGAGACUCCACCGGUAUAGUGAACCACCUCCUCUGGUACCGCCGCCACCAGCAUCACCACCCAAACAGCCAAAGCCGCAAGCACCACCACCACAGUACGAGAUUGUAGAGGAGGAGAUUAUUGAAGAGGUGAUUGUUGUGGAAGAAGAAAUCAUUGAAGACGACGGCGAAUCCAUCGGAAACUCGAGUGAAUUCCAGAGUGACCAACCCGCACCGGGGUCUUCCACCAAUGGUACUGGCAACGCCCCACAUGACGAACAAAUGCACGUGUCGCUAUGGCUACACGAACAAGAUUCCAUCGUAUCAACCUUGGACGAUGAUAUGAAUUGGGAAAUGGACGGCAGCGGGCAGCAACAGCCACGACCGGAACAAGACGAACCACCACCUCUGGUGCAUCCGAAUCAAAUACAACAACAACAACACAACAACAACCACAACAUUCGGAACCAAACCCCGCCGAACAGGGACACCAUUCCUCGGGGCGAAACAUUCACCAGCAGCACCCAACAGGCACCUUCCAUUAUUGCCGAAGCGGAUGCGUCCGCGGGAGCAGCAACAAGAACAGCAACAACAACAACAAGCGGUCCACCGCCAGCACCGCACCAUCCCACCACCACCACCCCGCCAGCGCCACCCCCAGAAGCACCAGCUACUAAGAGCAACUUUUUUGGAUGGGGAUCCCGAGCAACUCCCACGAACGAUACGACAGAUCCACCACCGCAUGCGGCACCUGUCUCACCACCCGCUCCGGCACCCGCGCCAAGGCCACCGUCACCACCACCGAGGGAGCCUUCGCCCCCGCCGAUGGAGCCGCCAUCACCACCACCGCCAGAGACAAAACGCCAACCACCACAAGAUCGACCGCCCCCGCAGCGACGGAACCGGCCAUCUGGGACUGGCGGACGAAAGGGGAAAUUGCUGCCUACCAACGAUUUGCUAGGGCCGUCCACAUUUGAUCAACGGCCUCCAUCGAGUGGUCGGACCGACAAUCCCUUCAAAAUGUCGCUCGCACGAUCGUAUCAACGGUCGCUACGCCAUCGUGAAAUGAUGUCGCAAUCAGAAAGACUAGCUGCCACAAGGGCCGACGAAGAAUACGAACAACAACAACGACAACAAGAAGCCAUAAGAAGAAGAAGAACAAACAACCUACCCAAAAUAUCUUUACAGGUCAAUGCAACGCGUGCGAAAUGA